AUAAGCGCGUGUCGAUGGUUUCCGGUCACGGAGCCGUGUAAAGGCUGUUCACACCGGAGCGGGUCGCGACUCAGGGGAUCCGAACAGCACCGCACCGCACCAUGGUAACCGUCAUCACCCUCACCGGGUCAUCAGCAUCAUCCAGUUCAGAUAUUAAUUAUUAUUAGAAUAACAUUUAAGUUUAAGGAGUUGGAAGGUUGGACGCAGGAACAGCUGGGGGAACUGAAAACACCUGUCUCUGGGGUUCUACUGCGCAAAAAAAGUUGAAGGCAUGGUGAACAGCCAGGCGGUGGGCGGAGCCGGGUGUGUGUCACGCGCGUGCGCGGGCUGCGGAGGCCGGAUUGCCGACCGCUUCUUGCUCUUCAGCAUGGAGCGCUACUGGCACACGCGCUGCCUGAAGUGCUCGUGCUGCCAGGCUCAGCUGGGCGACAUCGGCACCACCUGCUACAGCAAAGGAGGGAUGAUCCUGUGCAGGAGCGACUACAUCAGGUUGUUCGGGCACACGGGUGCGUGCAGUGCCUGCGGCCAGUCGAUCCCUCCCAGCGAGAUGGUGAUGAGGGCGCAGGGCAACGUCUACCACCUCAAGUGUUUCUCCUGCGCGACGUGCAGAAACCGCCUGGUCCCCGGCGACCGGUUCCACUACGUCAACGGCACCAUCUUCUGCGAGCACGACAGACCCAGUGCCGCCCUCCUCAGCGCACAUCUGCAAGGCAACCCCGUGCUGCCUGACCAAAAAGUUUGCUGAAAUCCCAUCCACCUCGUCUGCAUCCUCACUCCAUCCCCCUUCCUGCACUCUUUCUCUCCCACACACUCUCUCUCUGGCCUCGUGAUCUUCUCCAGCUCUCCUGUGCAUGCACUCUCAUCCUGAAAGGCCCUAAAGCACUUCUGUACUUCACUCCGCGGCCCCUCUGCAGGAACUCGUCCUUCCUUCCUUUCCUUUUUCUAAAUGGAGCGGCAGGAUUUCUCGAUACGCAAGACUCCCCUCGGGCCGGGGCGUGUAUCUCCUAACGGACUCUUCUGGAUUUCAUAAAGACUCUUCAUAAAGACUUUAAUCCUGGAACGUCCUGAAGAACCUGAAGUGUGGCUUUCUACAGUACUGCGCUGCUCCUGCUCUCGUUUUUAUUGCUGGGUGUUUGCUUUUUCCUAGACGACAGAACCACAGUGGGUGUAUGUUUUUUUUUUUUUGUUGUUUUUUUUGGACGUGGUUCAGGGUGUAAAUACUCUUUUUAUAACAGUGCCAUGUGUUCUGGUUCAAUCAUAUGGUCAAUAUGUGACAUUUACUUAUUUAAAAACGCAUUAUACAAUAAAUGCUUAAAAAAAAAAAAAAAGAUGGAACUUGAAUU